ACGCGGUCCCUCUGUGUGAUGGUGUGAUCAGCAUGGUGAAUAGCUCACCAACCUGCUACGGUCUCUUGUUGGUUGUGGCUACUACCACAGAUUUCUUCUCCCUGUACUAAGCGUAACAUGAACAUUUCCAGUUUAUUGCAUGGCAGAAAUUAUUUUCAAUAAUGUCGUGGGUCAAAUCGUUGGCCUCUGGAAAUGAAGAGAUUUUCGACGAAGAUACAGACGAUAUUAGCCUACAGAAUAAGGAAUGGAAACAAAACAUGGAAAAACGAGCCAAGGAUGGCUACCGAGAUGGUGUUGACGCAGGGAAAGAAGCAUCUCUUCAGCUUGGUUUUAACGAUGGAUACAGGGAGGGAGCGAUCCGAAUGAAGGCCAUUGGGCAACUCAAAGGAAUUGUAAGUGCUCUGCAGUGUUGGAGUGAGCGGCAGGCUGUAAAAAGCUCUGCCUCGGCCUCCGUAUCCAGCCUGAUACAGGAUGUAGUGCGACACGAGGAGGCCGUCCUGGAGGCCAUGAGGAGGGCGCACGAGAGGCCCGUGCCCAGUGUUGGGGAGGUUUCAGAGGCCGUGGAGGACCUUGAGAUGGCCGUGGAUCAGGAGCCGGCACAGGCCCAAACAGUGGGCUGUGGCAAGGGAGACUGCUGCCAGAAAGAAUCACACUGCCAUAAGGAGCAGUCUGCAGCAUGCUCCUCCACUGCCAUCGCGAGCUGGACGGAGUUGAUCACGAGGUGUGCGAUGGUGGCAACAGAGCUGGAACUGUCCGAGGAAUUUGUUGGUCAGAUACAACAGCUGAAGACAUAUGAGCUCUGACUCAGACUGUGCCUUUUUUUUUUUUAAGCUUUACUUUUUGAAUUAUAUUGAAUUGUUCUGUUUGUCUAUUGGAGUGGUCCUUUGUCUGGCAUCAUUCCAUUGCCUCAAACUGAAAAAAAAACCCGAACAAGCACUAAAAUGGUUGAGGGGGAUGUGGAAUUGAAAUGAUAUGACUGGAAGGAGUAGACUGGCCUCCUGAAAAGAAAAUAACCAGCAUUGUUAUCUUUUGUACCUUUGUGUAUGGAACAUACUCAGAUCUGUGGCAUUUAAAGUGAGCGUGGAGCUCAUUUAUGUGAGUUCAAUGUGACAUUCUGACAUCUGACAAUCACAGUUUCUGUGCUGAUUCACCAUGAAUGAGAGACUGUGUUUUGUAGAAUAAUGCUGAAGUAGGUCGUAAAUAUCGGCCUGGCUGAUAUAUUGGUAAAUAAUAUUAAUAAAAAAUAGACUAAUACACAUCUGUUUGAAAUAAAACAUUUACUUUGUGUUUGUUGUAUCUGUCUCCACCAUGAAAGACAGACACAGAAAGUUGUAAUAGUCUCAACAACAUUGCAAUUCAACAUAGCAAAAGCUGGACAAUGAGGUAGGCCUACUCCAAGACAACUGAGCAACUGAGAUAUACAGUGCCUAUAGAAAGUCAUCAUACCCUUUCGAAAUAGUUACUUUUUUUUGUCUUACAGCCUGAAAUCAAAACCCAUUUAAAAAAAAAUCUUUUCCAGUUUUACUAACAAAUU